AGUAUGACCGAAGGAGCCGCGGCUCAGUCUGACAGCGAAAAUUCACAGCAGACUCACGUGAACUUGCCAUGACUUUCUCAAAGAAUCCCUUUUGCGCUUUCUUCUUUGUUGCAUUGUUGUUUUUGACUUUAACGUUUGUUUUGAAGAAAUGGCACUUUGGUCUGCCGGGGACUUUUGGUGAUGCUGCUCGGCCAGAUGGUUUGACUCCCGAGCGCGACAGAUUGCAUCAACAACUGAAGGAAAGACAACAAGAACUCGAGCUACUUUACAUCACAUCUGAUAAUGCGCUAUCUUCAAAGGGAUUUAUCGAUCCGCAUCUGGCCGUAAAUGAGAGCAUACGUUCGGAGAACCCUGAAAUGGAUAUUGGCUGCGAAGAACUUCGUGUCAUGAAAGCUGUUGACUUUCUUGGUUCGGGUUACACAAAAACGGUGUUAAAAGCGGUGUUACCUCAAGGAUCCUUCGUAGCGCUGAAAUCUGUGAACCAUCAAGGCACUGACAUGAGACAUUGCAUGGAAGAUUUUAAAGAUCACCAUAGCUGUCAUGAGCUUGUUUCUUUCAAACUGAGGAAGGAGAUUGUAUUGUUGCAGGGAUUGCAGCACCCCAAUAUUGUACAGUUGAAAGGUCAGUGUCAGGACAGCACAGUGGUUGGUGGCAUCACAGCGGUUCUGGAACAGGGGAUGCCACUUCAGAUGAUCCAGCUCCUGCAGAGCCCCUGGGAAGAGCGCUUUCGGGUCUGUCUUGGCUUAGUGAGACUUCUUCACUAUCUCUCUUACUCACCGCUGGGUUCGGUGGCCCUGCUGGAUUUCCAGCCUCGGCAGUUCAUUACGGUGUCAGGAGAACUCAAGUUAACUGAUUUGGAUGAUGCAAGUAUUGAGGAGCCAGGCUGUGUGGAAGACUCAGACUGCCUAUUGCAGUUUCCCCUUCGCAAUUUCACCCUCAGAUGCUCCCCUUCACGAAUCUGUGAAGGCUUGAAUGAGAUGAGGAACCUCUACAACGCCUACAGGUAUUUUUUCACCUACCUACUGCCUCAUCAGGCUCCCCCGCUGCUGAAGCCUCUUCUUGAAAAAAUAAUGAACUCCACAGGGGACCUGAAACAAAGCAUUAAUGAAACACUGGUUGACUUCGAAGAGGUUUUGCGUAUGUACAAGUCUGGCUUGCAUCUGGAAAAUCUGCCGCCGUUAAUAAUCAGAGAUUAUGCUGUCCUGAAAGGAAUGAGGAGCGUUGGAAAUAUGGAAUACAGAUGCUGGCCGUCGUACAACCAGCAAGGCUGCGUGCUAUCUGUUCACAGUACCAGAGAAGCGUCGCUCAUCUGCAACUCUCACCCGCAGUGCACAAGCUUCUCUCUGAGCAAGGAAAGAACAUGGACAGGUCGACUUCUUGCCUCUUUCAGAAGUGGCUUCAGCCAUCUGGUUCCAGAUGUGAACUCGGCAGUGUAUAUGAGGAAAGUUAAAGCCUCGGGAGCCAUGCUUUGAGAAAGAGAGGAACUGGGGGAAGGGGAAAAAUUGUAGACAAAUGAAUGUGUUAUAUUUAUAGGCGUCUUACUCAAAGGCGUUUGAUCCCUCUGCCAAUCCUACUCGCUGCCAAGGAGCAUUUAAAAGGAUUUCCCUUCAGGUAUAAUUAACCUGUGGAUAAAAAAGGAGAAAGAAAAAUACAGCCUUCCAACGUUUUUAUUUUCCUUCUGUGUUGCGUUCACAUGGCACGGUCCAUUGGAAGGACAUUGAGCCCAUUUUGCUCUGGCUAAUGCCUGCAGGAGGAAAAGAAAACAAGCUCUUUCACAGAUUUACUUUGAUGUUAAUGAGGCCAGAAGUUUGCUGCGUUUUGUUGGAUGCCAGUAUGUGCCGAGAAUCAUGUCAAUAGGCGGAAAACUGCUGAAACCACAAAAAUGCAGGAAUGUUUAGUGGGAACCAUUGUUCCUCAUGGAUUACCCUAUAUAGGGUAUACGGUAUAUAUAUGGUGGUGUCCAUACCAAAUUGAAAUGAACAAAAUGUUUGGAUUAUAAUUAAAAGAAUUCAAAUAAAAGAUAUUCUUGGUAUUUGCACAUAUAAUACCUAAAAAAAGCUUUUUCUUGUUUUCUCAGAUGUUUGGACUACACUAUAUGUAUUGGGUAUUUAUACUUUCAUCCUAUGGGUGUGUCAGUUUUCUUGUUCUUUCAGAGAAAGAGAUUUACAUGUCAUUUAUUUGGUUAUGUUAAGUUUGUAUUUUGUCAUGUUGUAAUGCU